AAUGUAAACAACUUGUAGCUGAGGUAGUAGUGCAUUGUACGUGCUAGUAUGCGUGUUAUUAAGCUUUGGACGCAUUGGAACUGAAGAUUUACAUAUUUUUUCAUUAUUGAUCUCGGAAGACGAACCUUGCCAACUUUAAUGGACGGAAUCAAAAGCUAGCCAACUCUCAGGUUAUCCAUUCCUGUUAUGGUCCGUCAUUCAUCAAUAGUAUUUAUAUAGUUACUGCUUUGACGACUUUUGCCGGUAUUUAAUUUUAUGCAAAUCAGUCACUUAACGGCACGAGGACACAACAAAGCGUCACCUGUGGCUGUGAGCGAUUUAUAGCCUAAGCUUUGUUUUAUUCGUGUUUAGGUUACUUUAUAUUUUUUAUGUAUAUAGAAAAAAGCUUUAAUGUGUAGCGAAUACUACGAGAAGCUUGAAAUAAACAGGAAUGCGACAGACGCUGACAUCAAAAAGGCGUAUCGACGCCUUGCACUUAAGUUUCACCCCAGCACCAACAAAGAACCAGACAGUGCUGAGAAAUACUACCAACUGGGUGAAGCCUACGAUGUUUUGAGUGACCCUCGUAAAAGGGCAACCUAUGACAAGUUUGGAGUAGAAGGCCUCAAAGGUGGAAUCCCUUAUGAGUAUGGCGGUGGUGGGGCUUGGUCAUCCAAAUAUGUCUACCACGGGAACCCAGACAAAACCUUUCGACAGUUUUUUGGUAGUGACAACCCAUUUGCAGACUUCUAUACAAAUGACGUCCCAGUGCUGCUGGGUGGCCUUCUGCCAGAAGAGGUAAAGACCCAAGACCCCCCGAUAGAAAGAGAUCUUCAUUUGUCCCUGGAUGACCUCUUUCAUGGUUGCACCAAAAAAAUCAAGAUAUCUCGUAGGGUCAUGAAUGAUGAUGGCUACACAUCUGCUAUUAAGGAUAAGAUUUUGUCUAUAGAUGUAAAACCUGGUUGGAAAGAAGGCACAAGGAUUAUUUUCUCCAAAGAGGGGGAUCAGGGUCCAAGCAAGAUCCCCGCUGAUAUUGUCUUUAUAGUGCGACAGAAGAGUCACCCUCUGUUUAUAAGACAGAACAAUGACCUGAUCUACAAGGCCCAAAUCUCUCUAGCAAUGGCCUUGACUGGCUGUUCUGUCAAUGUGGAAACACUAGAUGGCAGACUACUCAACGUUCCCAUCAAUGACAUUGUACACUUCACUUACCAAAAGGUGGUGACUGGAGAGGGGAUGCCGUUCUUCCAGAAUCCUUCCCAGAGAGGAAACCUCAUCCUUACGUUUGGAAUACAGUUUCCCGAGAAGCUGUCUCCUGAGAGGAAGGAUCUAAUCAAACAAGCUCUGCUCUUUAAAAAUUGAUCACAUCUGGACUUUUUUCCCGCAGUAGCAUAACAACCAUGACAAUGAAUGCGUUUUCAUUAAUGUACAACAAAAGUUUGGUAUUUACUUUUCGGAAAGGACCCCAUGUUCAAAAGUAUAGUAGUUACAGUAACUACUAUACAGUAUAUGUUAUGUAAUUGGCCACGUAGGCAUAACCAAAUGUUAAAACAAAGGUAACACAGACUGCUGAGUCAUGCUGAAAACACAAGGACACCCUGCACUGUACACAAAAUGAAAUCCAUAUGUUCCGUACAUUAAACAUUUGA